AUGAUAUUAUUGAUAUACUUGACAACCUUCCAUGGUACUGGGGACCACUUGACAACCCUCCAUGCUACUGGGGACCACUUGGAAACCUUCCAUGCUACUGGGCACCACUUGACAACCUUCCAUGCUACUGGGCACCACUUGGAAACCUUCCAUGCUACUGGGCACCACUUGGAAACCUUCCAUGCUACUGGGGACCACUUGACAACCUUCCAUGCUACUGGGGACUACUUGACAACCCUCCAUGCUACUGGGGACCACUUGACAACCUUCCAUGCUACUGGGGACCACUUGGAAACCCUCCAUGCUACUGGGCACCACUUGACAACCUUCCAUGCUACUGGGGACCACUUGACAACCUUCCAUGCUACUGGGCACCACUUGACAACCUUCCAUGCUACUGGGGACCACGUGACAACCUUCCAUGCUACUGGGCACCACUUGACAACCUUCCAUGCUACUGGGAACCACUUGACAACCUUCCAUGCUACUGGGGACCACUUGACAACCUUCCAUGCUACUGGGGACCACUUGACAACCUUCCAUGCUACUAGGGACCACUUGACAACCUUCCAUGCUACUGGGCACCACUUGACAACCUUCCAUGCUACUGGGGACCACUUGACAACCUUCCAUGCUACUGGGGACCACUUGACAACCUUCCAUGCUACUGGGGACCACUUGACAACCUUCCAUGCUACUGGGGACCACUUGACAACCCUCCAUGCUACUGGGGACUACUUGACAACCUUCCAUGCUACUGGGGACCACUUGACAACCUUCCAUGCUACUGGGGACCACUUGACAACCUUCCAUGCUACUGGGGACCACUUGACAACCUUCCAUGCUACUGGGGACCACUUGACAACCUUCCAUGCUACUGGGGACCACUUGACAACCUUCCAUGCUACUGGGGACCACUUGACAACCUUCCAUGCUACUGGGGACUACUUGACAACCUUCCAUGCUACUGGGGACCACUUGACAACCUUCCAUGCUACUGGGGACCACUUGACAACCUUCCAUGCUACUGGGGACCACUUGACAACCUUCCAUGCUACUGGGGACCACUUGACAACCUUCCAUGCUACUGGGGACCACUUGGAAACCCUCCAUGCUACUGGGGACCACUUGGAAACCCUCCAUGCUACUGGGGACCACUUGACAACCUUCCAUGCUACUGGGGACCACUUGGAAACCCUCCAUGCUACUGGGCACCACUUGACAACCCUCCAUGCUACUGGGCACCACUUGACAACCUUCCAUGCUACUGGGCACCACUUGGAAACCUUCCAUGCUACUGGGCACCACUUGGAAACCUUCCAUGCUACUG